AUGCUGAACAGUGAAACAGGUCUCGCGACGGUACAACAGGCGAUGCCAAAGUCUCCUCCAACCCUAAUGCCUGGUGACCUCACACCCGUCAUCCUAUGCAAAUGGUACUACACGUGCCACAUCUAUGCUAUGCACAAGGAGCUCGAUGCCAACAAGCAGGUCAGCCGCGUUGCCUGGGGUAUGCAAGACGACUGCCUGGCCGAUUGGUACCGAUCGGACCAAGACCGCAUCGACCGCCUCACCCUCGAUGCAUGCAUCACCGAAAUGAAGAGCCUCUAUCUCCGCGACGAUUGGGAGGAUGACCUGCGCGAAGAGAUCCUCAAGUCGACCCAGAAAGAGAUCCUCAAGUCGACCCAGAACAACGAGCUCUUCUGGAAUUGGGUAAACCGUAUCCAAUCCACUAACUCUCUGCUCAAAGAAACGACGUCCCAUCUGACCAAUCAAAGUCUGAGGUUCCAUUUCGAAGUGCACAUGAACGCCGAGACCAAACGGUACUGCAAGAAGGACACGCGGGAGCUCAAGGCCCUUGCCUUUAAGCCCUGGAUCAACGCAGUCCGCCUGCUCGACGAAGAACACGCUCAUGACAAACGGAACCAGACCGAGGCCAUCGCGGACGCUGUCCACCGACAAGGUCAGUGA